UCCUUCCAUUCUACUGGUGGUUGUGCGCAGUUUGGAUCUCGUGUUCAGUUUGCUCUGAAAGCUCUAGUCUUCUCCACCCUGGUCUGCGGUCUCUUUAAAUCCAGAUCCUCCGGACCAGCACUGUGCGUGUUGCAGACGCUCGCUCGGCUUGGCAGCUCCCACUGCCGAGCGCUCAACCUGAUCCACAGCUGCUUGCCAUUUACGGCGGGCUGAAAAAGUUUUCGAAAAGGAGACACGCGAAUCCGGAUACAUCCGAAACAAUGCGGGGCCGAGGAUGUAGCACAGUGCGGGCGAGACUCCGUCGCUUCGGGUCCUCGCAGGAGCGUGGAUGUUGAGUUUGCGUCAUGUUCAGCCGUGCUGCGAUCAUGCAACAUCUGGAUUAACUAUCGGGGGGAGUCGGCGGCCCAGGAACAGUAGCCCGCUCCGUGCAAGGCUCGUCCGGUUCCUUGGCGAAAACAAUUGCCCGCUGUGGAUAUUGACUCGUUUUUAAUAGAUUAUGUAUUCUUUAAGAUGGGUGCCAACAAUGGAAAACAGUAUGGAAGCGAAGGUAAGCAGAGCUCUAGCACCCUCUCUGACAUAAGCUCGGGAACGGAUCACACUCCCACCAGAGCUCCGAAGAAUGCGACUACCAGCGAAGGCCUGGACUCCAGCACGCGGACCCUCAGCACCCCGAGCCCCGGCCUCAUCCUCCCCUCCAAGUCCUCCUCCCUGUCCUCCCCGGCGCUCAGCAGCAACGGCCACGACACCCACUCCUCCUCCUCCUCCUCCGCCCGCGCCGAGACCUCCGCCGUCGUCCACGCCACGCCCGGCGCCGGCCCCCACGCCCGCUCGGCCCGCCAGCCCAAGGGCCACCACUCCUCCUCCUCCUCCUCCUCCUCCGGCCCCUCCCCCAUCGACCUCCUCCCCGACCACGCCCUGCUGCAGGUCUUUGGCCACCUGCCGACCAACCAGCUGUGCCGCUGCGCCCGCGUCAGCCGGCGCUGGUACAACCUGGCGUGGGACCCGCGCCUCUGGAGCUCGAUCCGGCUGAGCGGGGAGCUGCUGCACGCCGACCGCGCCAUCCGCAUCCUGACCCACCGGCUGUGCCAGGACACCCCCAGCGUGUGCCUGACCCUGGAGACGGUGGUGGUGAGCGGCUGCAAGCGGCUGACGGACCGCGGCCUCUACGUGCUGGCGCGCUGCUGCCCCGAGCUGCGGCGGCUGGAGGUGGCCGGCUGCUACAACGUGUCCAACGAGGCCGUGUUCGAGGUGGUGUCGCGCUGCCCCAACCUGGAGCACCUCAACCUGGCAGGCUGCUCCAAGGUGACCUGCAUCAGCCUGACCGAGGAGGCGUCCCUGCAGCUGGCUCCGGUGCACGGCCAGCAGAUCUCCAUCAGCUUCCUGGACAUGAGCGACUGCCUCUCUCUGGAGGACGAGGGGCUGCGCAUCAUCGCCAGCCACUGCCCCCGCCUCACCCACCUCUACCUGCGCCGCUGCCCGCGCCUCACGGACGAGUCGCUCCGCCACCUGGCGCUCCACUGCCCUUCAGUGCGCGAGCUCAGCCUCAGCGACUGCCGCCUGCUGGGGGACUUCGGGCUGCGCGAGGUGGCCCGGCUGGAGGGCCGGCUGCGCUACCUCAGCGUGGCCCACUGCCCGCGCAUCACCGACGUGGGCGUGCGCUACGUGGCACGCUACUGCCCGCGGCUACGCUACCUGAAUGCCCGCGGCUGCGAGGGUCUGACCGACCACGGCCUGGGGCACCUGGCACGGAGCUGCCCCAAGCUCAAGUCCCUGGACGUGGGGAAGUGUCCGCUGGUGUCGGACGGCGGGCUGGAGCAGCUGGCGCUGUACUGCCAGGGUCUGCGGCGGCUGAGCCUGCGGGCGUGCGAGAGCGUGAGCGGCCGGGGGCUGCGUGCGCUGGCGGCUAACUGCUGCGAGCUGCAGCUGCUCAACGUGCAGGACUGCGAGGUGUCGCCGGAGGCGCUGCGCUUCGUGCGGCGCCACUGCCGACGCUGCGUCAUCGAACACACCAACCCGGCGUUCUACUGAAUGCGACGGUGGUGAAAGGGUUCUGGGUUCUGGGUUCGAGUUCCUGCCCCCCCUUCUGACAAGUGGAUGUUUUUUUUCUACUCCUGCUUCGCGGUGGCGUUAGCUUAGCCGCGCCGCCCGGACUGGUUGGACACAAGGUGUGCAAUUCUUCCUCCCCGCGUGGUGGAUGAUGGUGAGGAUGAGGAUGAUGAUGAUGAUUAUAAAGUCAGUUUUUUUUAAAUAAUUUUACAAAUACUUCUAAAGAAUGUAUUUAACAUAUUUAUCUGUUCAAAGGUAAAGACAUGCAAGUAUAAGCAAUCACGUUAGCAUUUUUCAGUCACGUUAGCAUUCGGUUCCGAUGCGUCACCUGUUCUAAACCAAUGCUACUAAUGGCGCGUUUCCACCGGCGGGUGCUAUCGGCCAAGUAUGAUUAGUUCCGGUAAUGUAGGUGUGGUUAGGCACAGCUCAGUUACGGCUCGCUUGUCCACCGCCAACAGUACCUUUAUGGUAGGGUUGGGUUUUACGCCGGACGGCGAUAGCCGCGGCAGCUACGUAAGCAUCCUGACCUCAUAGCAGCCCGAAACAGUGUAACCUGCUAAUAAAUCCAACGAAAAAGAACAACGCGACAAAAUAAACUAAGAGCAACAAUGUAGGAUGUCCAAGAAGAAGGCCAAACUUUUGCGCACCAUUUUCUUCAAUAAACAAAGCUUUCCCCGUUGUCCAGAAAUAUCUUGCGGGUACUGUGUUUUUUGCUGUUGUUUUAUCUGUCACCCGAAAGUGACGAUUCUGUUGACCAAUCAUCGCUUGGUACCCCAACAGAGGUAAACUGGGUAGCCCCGCCCAUUCUGCCGUUGAUUUGAGUUUGCCCUGCACAAGGGUCCAAUAGUAUCCGUCUGCGUCCUGCAAGACGGAGGCGUAACUUGUAGUAGGCGUAACAUUUAGUAGGAGGCGUGUCUAGUACUUUUCUAAAUCGCGGAAGUCAUCAGUAUGUAGCAGUGGUGCGUGGGUACAUAAAUGAGCGCAACUCUGACCUCAAAUAUUAGGCCUUAUAUAAAAAUAAUGCACCUGACUUUAGAAAAUUUUGAUUUAGAUUUAGAAAAGUACAAGACAUGCCUCCUCCUACUACAAGUUACGCUUAUUACAAGUUACUCCUCCAUCUUGCAGGACGCAGACAGACCCUACUCCAAGGGUCUGGAGAAGAGCAAUACAUUUCUUGGCAUACACUUGGCCCGUUGAUCACGCCUCUUGUGCUGACGAAAAUGACAGCAGCUUCCCCAGACCCACAUGCAAUCUAUGAUUGAGCUUGGUCUGGCAAUAGCCAGGCUACAACGGAGGAGUACUGAGAGAUAAGUAGGGCUAAUCACGGCUAAGUCCGGACCCCGCCCACUUUUAGCGGUGGAAACCAAUAGUAUCUGUCUGCGUCCUGCAAGACGGAGGCGUAACUUGUAGUAGGAGGCGUAACUUGUACUAGGAGGCGUAACUUGUUCUUUUCUAAAUCGCAUCCACGCGAGAUCUUUCUCUUUUCGCGGUAAAUAAAAAGCGUUGUAAAUCACGGUUCACACGAGAUCUUCAUUGAAGUCGGGUCUUCCGAUAUUCAUGACGGUAAGUCAAUUUAAGGCCUAAUAUUUGAGGUCUGAGUUGCGGUCAUUUAUGUACCCGCGCACCACUGCUACAUACAGAUCACUUCCGCGAUUUAGAAAAGUACUAGACACGCCUCCGACUACAAGUUACGCCUCCGACUACAUGUUAUGCCUCCUAGUGCAAGUUACGCGUCCUCCGUCAACAAGUUACGCCUCCUACUACAAGUUACGCCUCCGUCUUGCAGGACGCAGACAGACCCAACUCGUGGAAACGCGAACCAUUCCGCACCUUUUCAUAAUUAACCGAACCACGACCGCUGAUGGAAACGCGCAAUAAAUGUAGCACCUGGUACAGAUUCGCAAUUUAUGCAUUUAAAUAUUUUCUGUUUUGUUUCAUGUCGAUUUUUUUUACUGCACAUCGCCAUCAACCCCUCCAAUAAUAAUCAUGAUAUUCUUCAUUAUUCAUAUCUGCACCUAUUUAUAAUAAACCACUAAAAUACUUAAUAAUCCAAACAGCAACAAGAGGGAACUGCCAAUGUUAUAUCCCCCCCCCCCCUUUGCUCUCUGCAAGUACUACAAGUACGACUUCUGUUCACGAUGCACGGUGCAAAAGCACUUUUAAAGCGAUUUACAACGGACUUCCACUCUACCCAUCAAGCUUAGUUAAAUCACGGUUGCCACGACGACAGCGACGACGAAGAAGAUAAUGUCAGAGGAAGAGCGGAGGACGGAUGGACGGACAGAGGCGAUGACCGCUAUCAAAGGGAACACUCUCUGAGACUUUUGUACAUUAAAAUGACCAGGAACCCGUUGCUGCUAUAAUUGCACCAAUAAAAAACGAAAACUUUGAAACACA